AUGAUAAGUGCAGUUUCAUGGAUACCGAAAGGGGCAUCAAAAGCCAUGCUUGAUAUUGCUGAACCUCCUUCUAAGGAGAGGAUCAAAGAGCUCAUCAAUAAUGGCACUCUCAAGAAAAGAUUAUAUAUAUAUAUGUAUAGUCUGAGUGAAGAAGAGAUGGAGGAUGGUGAAGUUGCUCAUGCCAAGGCUGUAGCAAAAUCUCUUGGAAAAUCAUGUUCCACAAGCAAUGGUGCUUCUUCUUCAACUGAUCCUGAUGACGUAGCCAAGUUCUUGAAAGAACUCGACAUGGAAAACUAUGAUGAAGAGGAUGAUGAUGAAAUUGAAGUGUUUAGCUCUGGCCUCGGAGACCUUUAUUAUCCAAGCAAUGCGAUGGAUCCUUAUUUGAAGAAUAAUACUGACGAUAAUAACUAUGACUCAGAGGAUCUCGAUGAUAUAACAAUUAGGCCUACCGAUUCACUGAUCAUCUGCGCUAGGAUUAAAGAGGAAUACAGCUAUCAUCUAGAGGUUUAUAUAUACGAGGAAUCCGGGAAUGGCACUCAAAACAUGUAUCUUCGUCAAGACAUAAUUCUACCUGAGCCUCCAUUGUGUACAGCAUGGCUUGAUUGUCCUCUUAAAGGAGGGGAAAAAGGGAACUUUGUAGCUGUCGGGUCAAUGGAAUCGCCGACGAUAGAGAUAUGGGAUCUUGAUGUUGAAGGUGAGGUGCUACCUAGUGUACAACUUGGACGAAUAGCCGGGGAGGUUACAUCAGAUUGCCACACUACUGAUCAAUCAGUAAUUGAUCUUGCUUGGAACAAGGAGUUUAGGAAUAUAGUUGCUAGUGGCAGUGCCGAUAAAACAAUAAAGGUUUGGGAUGUGGCUACGGGACAAUGCAAGGUCACUAUGGAGCAUCACAAAAAGAAGGUUCAAGCGGUCGCAUGGAACCAUUAUGCUCCACAAGUACUCCUCAGUGGCUCGCUUGACCGCACCGUAGUAUUGAAAGAUGGAAGGGACCCUUCACACUCGGGUUUUAAAUGGUCUACCAAAGCCAAAGUCGAAAGCUUGGCCUGGGAUCCUCAUAGUGAACACUCCUUUGUGGUGAGUCUCAAAGAUGGAACUGUGGAGGGUUUCGAUAUACGUGCUUCUAAUUUAUCACCAAGUUUCACUCUCCAUGCUCAUGAUCGUGAAGUCUCCUCCAUAUCAUACAACUUACAUAAGCCCAAUCUUUUGGCUACUGGAUCUGGGGAUGAAAGUGUGAAACUUUGGGAUCUUUCAAACAAUCAACCAUCAUGGAUUGCUACACACAAUCCAAACGCUGGAAUAGUUUUCUCGGUAUCAUUCUCUGCGGACUGUCCCUUCUUACUCGCUGUUGGUGGCUCAGAGGGGAAGCUAAAAGUGUGGGAUACACUAUCGGACACUGGUAUGUCCCGGAGAUAUGGGAGCAACCGACCAUGA